AUGGAGGUUGCUCCUUUGUCCAUGGCCCACACCCAUGCGCGGAACGCCGUUCUGGAAACUCGCAAGGCCAACCCAGUUGCAGCUAGCGAGGAGCAUGAUCUAGCCGCUGGUGAAUUUGCAACAGCUGCACAAAAUAGUUCUGACCAAGAGGCGCUACGGACAUUACGCCUCCUCGAGACUCACCAUAAGAAGCUCGCCGAAAUACUCAGGUUUCAACAUGAACAUCCAGCAGCUACUCUGAGCGAAACACCAUCUGUAAACCUAGAAACCCAGCAAGCGGCCGCUGGGCCUGGAAACACAAAGAACACGGCUUCAGGUCAGGAUGCUCAUAAUCUACCACCGAGAUUGGCAAGUAAUGCUCGAUUGCCCAGUCGAGAUACCUCCUCGAUUGCCAGUAAUCUUGCAUCUGCGCGAGGAAUACCAGCCCACACCCGCCGUGGAUCGCCAGUGUCACCAACAAUCUCCUCCCACCAUGCUGCGGCCAAGAUGACGGAGAACCCGACAAAGGCCAAAACUGGUGAAAGCAGAUUGCGCGACGUGCCGAACAAAACCCGUCAGAGCCGCAUUUCUACACCCAGGCAACCAUGGUCUCCUCCCACAUCCAGCUCCACCGAAGUCACCACCCAGCAAGUUGCACCUAGUGCAGCUGAGUCUGGAGUGUCCAAAGACAACGCAACUUCAGAUGAUACAUUCAACCGCUUCUAUUCAGCCUUUGGUGGACUUGUCUCCAGAGUUUCUGGACCAUUGGCAUUCGCAGGAAUUCAAGUGGGGAUAGUAGAUCCCGCGCGACCUGAACAGAACCGCAAGUCUUCAGCAGAGGUGAAGCUGGACCGCGAUCACGCUACUCUAGAUCGAUCCAUUACUGCAGGCGAGCCCGACGUGAACAAACUAUUUUCUCGCGCAGCAUUGCGGUCAGUUCAGAAUGGCUCUGGAGCAAGUCCCGGGAACCCGGCAGAGUCAUUCUACGUAGUCCCAACCACCGGCGGUACCAUGUCAUAUGCUGGAAUCCUCACUCGGGCCGAAAAGCAGGCACGCAGAAAUAGUCUCGAGGAGGGAGAAGACGACUUCGUGGAUGCACGGGAAACGCCCGCGUCUCCUGAAAUGCGCCAUAGCGCGACUGGCUCACGUAUAUGGCCUGGUCGCCGCGGUACCUCCGAUAAGCUUACUACAGUGCAGAAUUCGAAGACAAUUGAAGAAAUGCAAAUGGAGAACGAAGCCCUGAGAAAUUUAACAGACAACCUUUCGACGAGACUGCAUAUGUGGGAGGUAAAUGCUCAAUCUUCCUCUAUGGCCCUGCAACAGUCAAUCAGAAUGAUGCACCACCAGAACUCUGGAUCUCCAGCUCCCGAAUAUCUGCAGGGUGUAUCGGCUAACACGUCUCCUGUGGCUACGAUGACUGCGCCUCCAGCUGUGACUGAUGAUGCGCGAAUCAAGGAAUUGGAGGAUCAGAUCCGCCGCAGUCAGCAGAAACUGGAGAGCGCUUCUCACGAGAACGAAAAGCUCAAGAAUAUUCUUGGCCGAUACCGUGACCGCUGGGAGAAAUUGAAGGAGGGGGCCAAGACCCGGAGAGCAGAAGGUCGUGACAGCCAGAGUAAUCAACCCAGUGCCACCAGUGCCACGCAGUCCGAAGCUCCAGGGUCUCCGCUUCCAGGUCGAAGUCCCGCUCUAGGCCAGCCGGCUUCUCAAUCUGCGGGUGACAAUCCAACAUAG